AUGAGGGACCGAGCAGGGCAGAGGAGGGUCCGAGCAGGACAGAGGAGGGUCCGAGCAGGACAGAGGAGGGUCCGAGCAGGACAGAGGAGGGACCGAGCAGGACAGAGGAGGGACCGAGCAGGACAGAGGAGGGACCGAGCAGGACAGAGGAGGGACCGAGCAGGACAGAGGAGGGACCGAGCAGGGCAGAGGCGGGACCGAGCUGGGCAGAGGAGGGACCGAGCUGGGCAGAGGAGGGACAGAGCAGGGACCGAGCAGGGCAGAGGAAUGACCGAGCAGGACAGAGAAGGGACCGAGAAGGACAGAGGAGGGACCGAGCAGGGCAGAGGAGGGACCGAGCAGGGCAGAGGAGGGACCGAGAAGGGCAGAGGAUUGACCGAGCAGGGCAGAGGAUUGACCGAGCAGGGCAGAGGAGGGACCGAGCAGGGCAGAGGAGGGACCGAGCAGGACAGAGGAGGGACCGAGCAGGACAGAGGAGGGACCGAGCAGGACAGAGGAGGGACCGAGCAGGACAGAGGAGGGACCGAGCAGGGCAGAGGAAUGACCGAGCAGGGCAGAGGAGGGUCCGAGCGGGACAGAGGAAUGACCGAGCAGGGCAGAGGAGGGUCCGAGCAGGACAGAGGAAUGACAGAGCAGGACAGAGGAGGGUCCGAGCAGGACAGAGGAGUUUUUGAGCAGGACAGAGGAGGGACCGAGCAGGACAGAGGAGGGACCGAGCAGGGCAGAGGAGGUUUUGAGCAGGGCAGAGGAGGUUUUGAGCAGGACAGAGGAGGGACCGAGCAGGGCAGAGGAGGGACCGAGCAGGGCAGAGGAGGGACCGAGCAGGGCAGAGGAGGGACCGAGCAGGACAGAGGAGGGACCGAGCAGGACAGAGGAGGGACCGAGCAGGACAGAGGAGGGUCCGAGCAGGGCAGAGGAGGGACCGAGCAGGGCAGAGGAGGGACCGAGCAGGGCAGAGGAGGGACCGAGCAGGGCAGAGGAGGGACCGAGCAGGGCAGAGGAGGGACCGAGCAGGGCAGAGGAGGGACCGAGCAGGGCAGAGGAGGGACCGAGCAGGGCAGAGGAGGGACCGAGCAGGGCAGAGGAGGGUCCGAGCAGGACAGAGGAGGGUCCGAGCAGGACAGAGGAGGGUCCGAGCAGGACAGAGGAGGGACCGAGCAGGACAGAGGAGGGACCGAGCAGGACAGAGGAGGGACCGAGCAGGACAGAGGAGGGACCGAGCAGGACAGAGGAGGGACCGAGCAGGGCAGAGGAGGGACCGAGCAGGACAGAGGAGGGACCGAGCAGGACAGAGGAGGGACCGAGCAGGGCAGAGGAGGGACAGAGCAGGGCAGAGGAGGGACCGAGCAGGGCAGAGGAGGGACCGAGCAGGGCAGAGGAGGGACCGAGCAGGACAGAGGAGGGACCGAGCAGGAGGAGGGUCCGAGCAGGACAGAGGAGGGUCUGUGCAGGGCAGAUGAGGGACCGAGCAGGGCAGAGAAGGGACCGAGCAGGACAGAGGAGGGACCGAGCAGGGCAGAGGAGGGACCGAGCAGGGCAGAGGAGGGACCGAGCAGGACAGAGAGGAGGGACCGAGCAGGACAGAGGAGGGACCGAGCAGGACAGAGGAGGGACCGAGCAGGACAGAGGAGGGACCGAGCAGGACAGAGGAGGGUCCGAGCAGGACAGAUGAGGGUCCGAGCAGGACAGAGGAGGGACCGAGCAGGACAGAGAGGAGGGACCGAGCAGGACAGAGAGGAGGGACCGAGCAGGACAGAGAGGAGGGACCGAGCAGGACAGAGAGGAGGGACCGAGCAGGACAGAGGAGGGACCGAGCAGGACAGAGAGGAGGGACCGAGCAGGACAGAGAGGAGGGACCGAGCAGGACAGAGAGGAGGGACCGAGCAGGACAGAGAGGAGGGACCGAGCACGACAGAGGAGGGACCGAGCAGGACAGAGGAGGGACCGAGCAGGACAGAGGAGGGACCGAGCAGGACAGAGACAAAACUAAGCAUGACAGAGGACAGGCUGUGCAGGAUAGGGAAGGGCUCUUUAAAUCUUCCCGCAAGACCUAGUGCCUUGAUUCCACAUAUCUUUGUGACCCUAUUUUUAUGA